AUGGCAAAUCAAAUUGAGAAUGUAUCGGACUUGGAAUUUUCGAGAUUGAAAAAAUGCUUAAAUGGGAUUAUAAAGCACAAAAAAACUGUGGACGAGGACAGAAAAAGGUAAGUGUUUUCGAAAAUAAUCUCGAUUUUGGUUGUUUUAUUUUUCAUUGAAAAUUUUUGCAGACUUGGAGAAGAAUUAUCUCAUUUAGACCCAGAGGAUAUAAUAAAAUUGUUCCAACGACAAAAUGGAAGUAUAAAAUACAACUCCACCCUUCCGGAAAAAUAUCGGAAGUUGUCGGUAGAUUUGGAUGUGAUGUAUGAACAAUUUACAGAGUUCAUUAAAAAUGCAAUGGGGUCAUCAGACAAGGUUAAAGUUGUUAGUACACCAUUGACUAGUUUAGUAUGUGAUGGUGAAAAUGAUCCGGUGUUAGUUUUGAGACAACCAGAAAAUAAUGCAAAUGGUCGAAUGUUUGAUGAUGCAGAACAAACUGGUGGCAGGAUUAUUGAAGUAAGAGAUGUGAACUUUGGUUUUGUUUGGAAAUGAAGGGUUUUUGGGAAAAUAAAUUGGCUUCUCAGAGAAAGUCUGGCUUGAACGGCGCGAUCCGCGGACGAUUUUUCCCCGUUUUUAGAGUAAAAAUCAGUGCGCGGAUUCCGCGAAAAAAAUUUCGCGAACGGCGAAACGUCAGCCAAAGAGAGUCGAAUUUCGCGCAUUCCUCGGGUCCGCGGAUGGAGUCGAGAGGUAGGGAAUAAAAGGAUAAAUUGUAUCGCGUACGCGGCAACGAGGAUAGCUCACGGCAACGAGGAUAGGGAAGUGUGUAAGGUCCCGGAAUAAACUUUUAAUGAGACUUGGUACACAUAUAGAUUCGAACUCGCUGAUCUCGAAUUCGUUUUCAAAAAUUGCCACAAUUGCACCCAAAACGAGUUUUUCGCCAUCGAAAAUGCGCCAUAUUUCUCAUUGUUUCAUAUAUCAAACAUUUGCGGCCAACAAAAAAGAGCAGCCGGUGGCCGAGUGGUUAGCGCGCUUGUCUUUGAAUCUUUUGGUCUUGGGUUCGGUCCCGCUCCGUGGCGAAUUUUUUUUUUCGAUUUUUUUUAAUUUUUAUCGAUUUCAUCUCUGUUCAAGUGGCGUUUUUUUUUUUUGCAACAAACUUCGUAAUGUGUUUUUUUGCCCUUUUCCAGAACUUAAUCCACGCAAGAUAGAAUUUGAAAUCUGCUUGAAUAUUAUGAUCUUUUUUCGAACUAUUCAUUACGAAGUUCAGAAUUUGUUCAGAAGAAUCCGUUUGUAGAUUUCCAUCCGUUGAGUGCUGAUGUUUUUGAUUCACAUGGAGAUUUUCCUUCGAAGUCAAAGUUGCAAAAGUUCAAAAAGCAGUGGAUGCCUAUUUCGGGAAAGGAAAAAAACAUAAGAAUGGAGGAGUAAAAAGGCCAACUCUCGAAAUAAUGAAGAAGAAAUUCCGUUUCAUAACUUGUGCGAGUGAUUUGGACAAACUCCGGUAAGUCAAAAGAUGACCUCUUCUUCAGAAUAUGGCGCACAAAAAUCGAAAAGAUCAUAAUAUUCAAGAUGAUUUCAAAUUCUAUCUUGCGUGGAUUGAUUUUUGGAAAAGGGCAAAAAAAAAACACAUUACGAAGUUUGUUGCAAAAAAAAACGCCACUUGAACAGAGAUGAAAUCGAUAAAAAUUAAUAAAAAUCGAAAAAAAAAAUUCGCCACGGAGCAGGACCGAACCCAAGACCAAAAGAUUCAAAGACAAGCGCGCUAACCACUCGGCCACCGGCUGCUCUUUUUUGUUGGCCGCAAAUGCCACAGGUGAUUUCCAAAAGUAUAGCAAAACGUGCACGUGUCUCUAUACGUUAUGUGUACGUUUUUCUAUCCUUUAUGUAUACGUUUUCUAUCCUUUUUGGGUUGAAAAAGGAUAGAAAAAGGUUAAAGGGGUUGUCCUUCUACGUCGAAAAUCAAGUCCGCAAUAGUGCGUCACUUUUUAAAACUAACUAUAAGCAAGCCUAAAGUUGAUUAAAAUCACUUUCCAUAGUUGAAAAAUGUUAGGAAAUACGUUUCGCGAGAAAUACACACAAAUAAAUGAUGUGUGUGAAGAGCACACAUGUUUUUUAUAUGCACUAAAACCUUAAAACCUAACAAAAACAUGAAUAAAAUGGUGAAAACUCGCUCUAAAAUCAAAAUAAAAUAUGGAAUGUUUCAGGAGCACCUUAGCUCUAUCGAAUGAACCUAAGUUUCCCUGUAGCAGGACAACCCCUUUAAAAAAUGAAAAUUUCAGAGUGAGUCCCAAACUUUCAGAUAAGGUGUGUGGACUUGAACUAAGUAUCUGAAAGUGUGAUUUUAAGCUUCUUGGGUCACUUUCAGCUUUUCAUAGCUGAAAAUAGGCUGAAAAUCGAAAAUUUUGAAGUUGGGCUCAAACUUUCAGAAUUGGUUGGGGGACUUCUGAAAAGUGUGUGACGAGAUGAAUUUCAGCAUUUUCAGCUAGAAAAAGCUGAAAAUAAGCUGAAAAUCGAAAAAUUUUAAGUUUGGCCAAUAUUUUUGGAUUUUGUUGGGGGACCUUUGAAAAGUGUGUGACGAGAUGAAUUUCAGCAUUUUCAGCUAGAAAAAGCUGAAAAUAAGCUGAAAAUCGAAAAAUUUGAUGCUGGACUCAAACUUUCAGAAAUGGUUGGGCGACUCCAAAAUAGUGAGUGAAGCGAUGAUUUUUCGAUUUUCAGCCAGAAAAAGUUGCAAACGUGGUAAAAAUCGAAAUUUUUUGGGCUUCGAAAAUGUGUGUUUCUAGAUAAUAAUUUAAAACAUACAGCUACAAACCAGGUCUGUGCCGGAAAUUUUCCGAAUUUUCCGAAUUUCCAGAUCUUCCGUUUUUUUUAACGGAAAAAUCGAUUUUCUGAUUUUCCGGAAAAUGAUCUUUAGUAGUAAUAUUCACAAAUUUGCCUAAAUUUUGGGAAAUUUUCUCAGUUUAUGAUAGAAAAAAUGAAAUUUUUGGAAUUUUUUUCUUACCUGUGAACAGAAGAAUUGUAGAUACAAAUAAGUUUUUGUGCCAACUUAAGGCUGGAAAUCGAAAUUUCUGACUUUGAAAAAUUUUCCGAAUAUUUCGGAUUUUCCGGUUCAAAAAAUCCGGAAAUUUUCCGACUUUCCGUUUGCCGGGUUUUGAUUUUCCGGCACAGGCCUGACUACAAACCUAAAUAUGUCCUGAAAACAAACUACUAUAUUUUCAUAAUUAGUCAGUUGUGGCCCAGUGCCAAACAAAGGAAGGUAGCUAAUUUUUUUGUAACUUUCGUUCAACAGGGUUCAAUUAUCUAAAAUUCAAACUUUCUAUCAAAAUAGUAGACAUUUUCUGAAUUUGAGAUCAUCACACCCUAGACCAAUUUCAGCAGCCGAGAUUGUUUUUUUUUCGAGUGAUCGGGUUAGUUGAACUGCCAAAAUUUCAGAAAAAAGUUAUUCUGUGAGUCCUCGACUUUCUCUUGUAAAUUAGACCACGUGAUUUUCAGCUUUUCCUAGCUGAAAAUGCUGAAAUUCAUCUCGUCACACACUUUUCAAAGGUCCCCCAACAAAAUCCAAAAAUAUUGGCCAAACUUCAAAUUUUUCGAUUUUCAGCUUAUUUUCAGCUUUUUCUAGCUGAAAAUGCUGAAAUUCAUCUCGUCACACACUUUUCAGAAGUCCCCCAACCAAUUCUGAAAGUUUGAGCCCAACUUCAAAAUUUUCGAUUUUCAGCCUAUUUUCAGCUAUGAAAAGCUGAAAGUGACCCAAGAAGCUUAAAAUCACACUUUCAGAUACUUAGUUCAAGUCCACACACCUUAUCUGAAAGUUUGGGACUCACUCUGAAAUUUUCAUUUUUUAACCUUUUUCUAUCCUUUUUCAACCCAAAAAGGAUAGAAAACGUAUACAUAAAGGAUAGAAAAACGUACACAUAACGUAUAGAGACACGUGCACGUUUUGCUAUACUUUUGGAAAUCACCUGUGUGUUUGAUAUAUGAAACAAUGAGAAAUAUGGCGCAUUUUCGAUGGUUAAAAACUCGUUUUGGGUGCAAUUGUGGCAAUUUUUGAAAACGAAUUCGAGAUCAGCGAGUUCGAAUCUAUAUGUGUACCAAGUCUCAUUAAAAGUUUAUUCCGGGACCUUACACACUUCCCUUGUCAGCAAGGAAGAGAGAUGAAUACAAAACGACAGGAUUGGGAUCACAGGCAAAUUUACUAUGUGUACAUUAUUUGUACUGAAUGAAUGCUAAAUGAAUAUGUAUCAAUAAUGUGCUAAUAAUGCACACAUAGUAAACUGAAAAUUUUAACUAUGGAUGAAAUAUUAGUGAAUUAAUGGUAUUGAUUUUAGAUGACCAAUAAUUUACUCAUUAUGUACACAGUAUGGGUGGGUAAAAUUUUAACCAAAAACCACCAGUUUUUCAAAAUUGCUGAACAGAUUGUGGUGAUUCCAAAAGAGAUCACCAUUGGUGACACUGCUGGUGGAUUUUCGAAUAUUGGUGGGAUUGGUGGAGGGUGCACAAAAAUGUUUAAACUUGAAAUUCUCACAGUUGGCGUUAAAUACUCAACAAAAAAUCAGAAUGGUGUGAUUAUUCUCACUAUUGGUGUGAAAUUUCGCCAAGCACACCCAUCCACCAAUGGCCCAAAUCGUUCCAGUUUUGUUAAUAAAACGAUAUUUAACCUCAACACCAUUGGUGCACCCUCCACCAAUCCCACCAAUAUUCGAAAAUCCACCAGCAGUGUCACCAAUGGUGAUCUUUUUUGGAAUAACCACAUUCUGUUCAGCAAUUUUGAAAAACUGGUCGUUUUUGGUGAGAAUUUUACCCACCCGUAAUGUAUACAUAAUGAGUAAAUUAUUGGUCAUCUAAAAUCAGUACCAUUAAUUCACUCAUAUUUCAUCCAUAGUUAAAAUUUUCAGUACUAUGUAUGCAUUAUUAGCACAUUAUUGAUACAUAUUCAUUUAGCAUUCAUUCAGUACAAAUAAUGUACACAUAGUAAAUUUGCCUGUGAUCGAUGCUGGGUUAGAACUACAAAUGCAUACUAACUUCUGAUAGUUGUCAGGAUCUGACGCUGUUUUUGAUCUGACGCCACAAACCGUUUUCAACCUGUUCAGUACCAACAAAUUGAAAAUUUUCCGAAAAAAAUUUUAAUUGUUGUUUUUUUCAUUCAAAAACUUUUCAGAAAAAUGCGAAAGUGUUGGUCAAUUAUUUUUAGCAUGAGUUUUUUCGCAAGAGUUUUUUUUUCGCAUGAGUAUUCCAUUUUGAUUUCUUGACCAGUUUUUCGUAUUCAAACUAAAUUAUUGUUCAUAAUCUUGAAUAUUUUUCAUGGUUUUGGCUUAGUUACUGAAGGUAACAUGCAAGAUCGAAAUUGCACCCUUCUGGGCGUUUAACUAAGCCUAAAAUCCGUGUUCAUAGGGCUCAAAUAUUGAUUUUUAGCUUUCUCCGACAUUCAAAGCUUAGGCUUAGUGAACGAUCAGAAAAAGUUAAAACUCAUGCGAAAAAUUACUCAUGCGAAAAAAAACUUAUGCGAAAAAGUCAUGCGAAAAAUAAUUAACCGCUACCCAGUUGGAAUGACAUUCUAAAAAAUUAAAAAAGUCGAAAUUAGUUUUGACCAAAACACUUCUAUGGAUGAUCCAAAUAUAUUGUCAAUCCGAAAAAAUAAGAACCUUGGAAGAGAACCGAAAUGGCCGAAAAAACCAAAUCUACAGUAGACUUCGCAAAAUUUUGGAGUCCAUUUGAAAAAUAAAAUGCGAAAUUUACACGCUGGCUAUUUGCCAACCAGUUUGAUGUGCAUGUGUCACGUCAUUUUUAGUCUACUGUACGUGAGCGCGAAUUUAAACAGGGGGUUUCUUUUUUUUCGGAUUGACAAUAUAUUUUUACCUACGGUAAUUGGCAAAUUAGUGCUGUAUGUAAUUGUGCAUCACAGUGUAUAUGUGUACCAGAAAUGGUUCUCUGCGCUUUUCGAACAGUUUAAAUGCAUUUAUUAUUAGUGCGAGUUUUCCGAAUUUAAUUUCGCUAAAACAGGACACAGAAGCUCAAAAUGUGUACUAAAUAACUGUUAAAACAACUUAAAACUAAUUUCCAACUGGGUAGCUGUCUUUUACGGGUACAAACAGGUCGAUUACGGGAUACUACUUCCGUUACGGACUCGUCAUGAGUAGUUUGCGAAAUCCGUGUAAAAAUGUGACGUGCCUAGCGCAGUGGUAGAGCGUUCUAUUUGUGGUCAAGCCAUGCGGGUUCGAUAUUUUUUGCACCAUUGUUUGUUUGUUUUUUUUGGGGUCACUGUAGAUUAAACAAAACAAUCAAUUCAUGCAUUAAUUUUUUCAAAGAAGUAUAUAGAUAGAGAAAAAAAACUAGGAAAAUUAAAAACAGCAAUGGAAAUCUUAAAGAAAAGGUUGAAAAUAGAAAACAUUAUCAUUAAAAAAAAACCUUAGAAACCCUUGGUGAAAAAUAUACGUAAUUCAAAUGGUUGCAACCGCCGAAUUCAAAAUUCAAAAUAUAAUUGUUUACGACUUUCCUGCGUAUUAAUCAUACUGUUUCCAACACUUUGUCCUGGAUUUUCAUUGACGCAUUCAAUAUUCCUCGUUUUUUCUCUACCUCUAUACCUUUUCAAACAUUGUUGCAUGAAUUCGACCUUUUUCUUGAAACUACAGUAACCCAAAAAUAAACAAAAAAAAUUGUUGCAGAAAAUAUUGAACCCGCAAUGCGUGACCACAAGUCCAACGCUCUACCACCGCGCUAGACACGUAACUUUUUGAUUUGAAGUGUUGUGUAAAAAAAAGUUUCCUUGAAAGAUUCAAAUUUUUCAGGAAGUUGCCAUUUCUGGUGAUAGUGAGACAAUCAGAACUGUAUUUGGAGAAUCGUGUUCAAUAAGGCCACAAUCGCGUUUUGGAAUCGAUUGGGCAAAAUGGUUUCCACCUGUAACAUCGCGUACAUUUUUGUCGCAUUAUUUGCCUGCUUCUGGUGCCGCAUUUCAUAUAAUUUAUACAAUUCAUCUUUUCAGUCCCAACAUUAUCUCUGGGUUAGUUUUUGAUUCUGACAAUUUUUGGGAAGGAGAAUUUUUAGUGAGAUUGGAAGCUUAUCACAAUCCCCACAGUAGAAUUCUUGAAAUUGAGUUGGAAUGUAGAAACAUUUUAUUAAGAUUGUGUUAAGGACUUGUAGUAUCCUUAGCAGUAGAAGUACACCGGAAUAAAGAAUAGCUCAGAUUAUGAACUAACUACAACUGAAAGUGGAGGGUUUAAAUACUAGGAGAAUGACCUUCUAGAACAUUCUAGAAGGUCUAGAAUAAUCUAGAACAGGCCAGAACAUAAAAAGUGGGUCACGUACAAAAUUAAAUAUUCUCAGGGAAUCACGCGCGAAGUUUCCGCGAAUUGCAGGGCAAAAAUCUCCGCGAAAUCGCCGCGAGCGCGCGGCGAUUUCGCGGUUUGGGGUCACGCGUAUCGCGCAAACCUCGCGGUGCUCUGUCAAAAAUCAAAAAGUAGAGGUCACGCGAGACACAGCUAACCACUUAAAAUCAUACUCACUCGGCGGGACUCGAUCCGACACUCUCUGCUUCGUAUACAUCUCUCUUACCCACUUGACCAGCCUUGCGCUCGAGGCGUAACACUCAAAUGUGUUUCAUAUGUCUGCACUCUCGUCGACACACCCCGCGAAAUUUACGCGAAUUGCAAACAUUUCCGCAUUUCGCGGAAAUUUCGCGACAUGAUGUUUUCAAUCGAGUCACUCCGCUAAAUUUGCGCAAUGUUCACCGCGAAGUUUCCGCAAAAUGCUGAAUGCCCGCAAAUCGCGGAAACUUCGCGCGUGAUUCCCUGAGUUAUUUGUAUAUACUAGAAGGGCUUCGCUGGCUAACGCCAUCUACAGUAGUUUGACUUACUUUUUCUGAUUAAUUUUCCGGUUAGGGAAAGAGAAACAUUGAGAAAUGGCUGAAAAUUGUUGACUUUUUCAGAGAAUAGAAAGAUCAGAUAAGAAACGUGUCCUUUAAUUUUUUUGGAAUAAAAACGUGAUCAUUCUUUUUUACAUGAAAAAAGUUUUGAUUUUUCACGUGAAAACUCGCGCAUUUUUUGAAAAAUCGAAUAUUAGCGCAUCGACGGGAAAGAAUUUUGGAUCGAAUGGUGAAGGUCCCAUCAAAAAUGGUCUUCUGGAAAUUGAGAAAAGUCGAGCGACACAUUUUAAAAUUGAAAAAUACAUUGGAGUUUUCAAACUUUUCACUCUCCGCGCACUCACAGACAUUUUGAGGGAGAAUUUUUGAAACGCGCAUCAUUGUGCCACCAUUUAGAAACUUUUUCUUUUUUUGAUCAUCAAUUUUUAUGCGCACAGUUUUGAGAACGGAUCGUGGACAGACUCUUGCCAAAAAAAUUUUCCCAAUUAGUAUAUAGUAGAAUAGUAGAUUAAUUUUCCUGAUUGUGUCCUGUUUUAUAUAUUUUCCAUCAGAGAAAAUUGGGUAAUUUUUUUUAGAAACUAGGGGACCCUGCACAGAAAGUAGGCGUGUUCCUUUGAUCAAUUCAGUUGAAUCUGUUAAAUUUGCAUUUUAGUAAAUAAAUCUAACAAUGUAAGGGUUUCGAAACUAAGCAUAUAGUUAAAAAGAACGUUCUUCAAAUUUAUGCGUUUCGUUAAGAAAGUAAUAACUGUUUAGGUUAGAAAAGUUCAAACCGGGUCCCCAACAUCCAGAUAUUUUUUUUCUGCCUAGUCUGCAGUGAGAAAAGUGGGCUCUGAACGGAAAAAGAGGGGUUUAGGAAGAAAAGAGCGGGGUAGCUUUUGCUCAGAAUUUCGAGCAUAAUCUGAUCCUUGCGUUUAAAUUUUAUGAAAAGUGAAAAUAUUCCCACAUUUGAGAGCAUAAAGUCUCGAAAAGCCCUCUUUUCCGUCAAAACCUCUCUUUCUUUCAAAAACCCCUCUUUUUCUGAAAACCCCUCUUUCUUUUCUACACCUCUCCUUUUUUCCUAAACCCCUCUUUUUCAGCUUAGAGCCGAAAAGUGUGCCUUUUUUGUUUCAUUUUAUCGCCUGUGUGUGGGGUUCUUUAUAAAAAAUUGAAGUUAGUGUUCACACAAUUGAGAGGUGUUCAUUUUUAACGUUUUGUAUAGGAUAGAUUGAGAAGAAUUAUUUAACCAAAAAAGUUACAGUUAUAAUACAGAAAAAAGGAGAAACCCCUAGAUUCCUGUUUCCAGGUAGUGUUUCCAGGUAGCUUCUCCCCCCCCGCCGAAAUGAUAACUUCGAAAAAUCAUCCUCAACACUAAUUUUUUGCAGUUUGUUCUCCACCAGUGAUCUUGCUGUCAGUAAUACGAUUCUGUUCACUGCGAACGUUGGGCUCGGUUUCUACGUGUAUUUCAGAAGACAUCUGCACCGUGUCAAUCUAUGGGAAAGACUCGAAUUCAGUGUUUUGACAUCGACUCUUUUCAAUUUCGUAAGUUCGCGUGCCGCCGUUUCGUUCAAAGCAAUUUUUCCGGCAAAGUGAGUUUUGUGUCUUGAAUUCAAAGGAACCAAACUAAUAAGAAGUUCAUUUAGUUCAUUUCAGAACACAAACAUGGCUCAAAACAUUGUUUGCAACAUCGCUCAGUGUCUAUCUUUUGUCAAGAGCUUAUCGUCAUUUGGCGAUUUUGGAUGCGAAAAGUUCAAGACCUUCUGAAGCAAAUGAAGUGUUCACAAAGGAGUUAUGA